GCGAGUAUGCGCCUUCCACACCGGCGUGUAUAUUGUGUUGCAUACGUCGCGCGCUGGAAAUUUUUUGAUUUUUUUCAAAAGUCGGAUUAAUUGUGUUGCGUUUGUUUUAUUAUUGGAGUAAUGUUAUUUAUUUUUAAAUGCACGUUUUCUUUAAAUUUAUACGGCGCGCUGAGGUCACGUGCACAACUGAAUGAAAACUGGGUUAAGGACUUUUCAAUAAAAAUAUAAAGUUUUCUUGAAAAUAACAAUUCGUUGAAUUAUCUAUGUCAGGGAAAUGUAACAUCGGGAGAUUUCGAGAGGAGCAACUUAAUUUCACCCAAGCUAGGAAAUAAUUGGAUGUUUGCGGCGUCUGCUAAAUUUCGUAACUGGGUGUUUAAUCGGAUUACUACAAUAAAUAGUUUUUUCGUGAAAACUAGUUUAUGUAGAGUCACGCAUUAUUCAAGAUAAGAAAGAUCGUAAUGUUGGCAUAAAUGAGAUACAAUUCCUGAGCCUAUAGGGUUUCAUCCACGUUUCAUUGGCUUCGGUAUCAAGUAUCUGAUUUUCUAUUCCAAUAGUUAGUGUGUUUACAACUGCGUCAGUGUUGGUCGGUCAAAAAUUCUUUUCAGGAUUUUGGGAACAUGUCUCUCGCGACUGAAACGACAAGAUUACUUUCGGACCAAACGCAACCGCAAUAUGCGUUUGAUACCAGCCUCGUACGGGAGCGUAAAAAACGAAUUAAACAAUUCCAAUGUUGCUUAUGCGUGAUUUUUGUUUGUUGUCUCGUGGUGGCAUUUUUGAUUGCCGCUGUUUGGGGCAUAAACAGGGCGGAAAACAGCUUCACAAACGUGACUAAUACUAGUUCCCCCUCGGACACACUCACGACUCUACUUGCAAUUUCGUGGCCCCGUCCCGACAAACCCAUGAAUACGUCCUAUUGUAACAACCAGAGUGAAUGGUCACAGGCCCUUGCCGCGGGCCUAAAGGCCCUAAACACCAAACACCAAAUCGAGAAAAAUGUCACAGAAAUGACCACCGACAGCCCCAGCUACAAACACCAGAAGGUGUUCCUAGACUCGAAUAAAACUCAAGCUUUGGCCAACUUGGGCUACUUGCGAGAAUCAGCAAGGCGGUUUUUCCCCAACAACGGGAGCACAAUUUGCAAUAAGGCUGAACCGUGUCCUGUGCCCCAAAAAUGCACCGAAUUUGCGAAAUUUCGCACGUUUGAUGGCACUUGUAACAAUCUGGAGCGCCCCAAUUUGGGGGCUGCGUUCCAGCCUUUUCGCCGCGCGCUCCCGCCGGACUACGCCGACGGGGUUAGCAGCCCCCGGGGGGCCAAAACCGGGGCGCUUCCAUCGGCUCGCACCGUCAGCUUGGAGGUCCAUCGGCCGUUUUACAAAAACGACGAUAAGUUUAGCGUAAUGUUGGCCGUUUGGGGGCAGUUUCUGGAUCACGAUAUGACGGCGACAGCCCCCAGUCGGGGCCCCAACGGCUCCACGAUCGCCUGUUGUGGCCAAAAAGUCACACAUCCGGAGUGCUUUCCCGUCAAGUUGGACCGCUUUGACCCUUUAUCCGAAUUUAAUGUCACUUGUAUGGAAUUUGUGCGGUCGGCAAAUGCCGCCACUUGUUGUCUGGGGCCCAGGGAACAGAUGAACCAAGUGACGGCGUUUAUAGACGGGUCGGUUAUUUACGGGGUGGAGGAAAAGACAGUUGGGGCGCUCCGGACGAUGUCAGGGGGUGAACUCGAAAUGUUUGUAACUUCGGAUAAUCGGACGUUGUUACCGGUUUCGAAAGACUUAACCGAUGGUUGUAACCGGUUGGAGGAGAGUCGGAAAGGGAGGUAUUGUUUCCUAACAGGUGAUGGAAGGGCCAACGAAAAUUUGCACUUGACUAGUAUGCACUUAAUUUGGGCAAGACAACACAACUCAAUCGCCAAACAAUUGGCAAAAUUGAACCCUGAUUGGGCUGACGAGCGCUUGUUUCAAGAAAGUCGCAAGAUAAUCGGGGCGCAGAUGCAGCACAUUUGCUACAGAGAGUUCCUCCCGAUUCUUUUAGGCCGGGGUUUGAUGGAAAAAUCGGGCUUGUACCCACGAACUUCCGGUUAUUUCACUGAAUACAACUCAGCCGUCGACCCAUCUAUAGCCAACAAUUUUGCAACAGCAGCAUUCCGCUUCGCCCACUCCAUAAUCCCGGGUUUAAUGAAAUUUUUGGCAAAGGACUCGUCUAGUCCCGAGUUCGUUCAAUUGCAUAAAAUGCUGUUCGAUCCGUUCAGGUUGUACCAGGCCGGGGGGCUCGACCGGGCCUUGAGGGGCGCCAUGGACACCCCCAUCCAAGCCAACGACCCCUACUUCAGCAGCGAACUGAAAGACAAGCUCUUUGAGGACGCUGCGAACGAGACAAUUCGCGCGUAUGGUUUAGAUUUGGUCUCUUUGAAUAUACAACGAGGCCGCGACCAUGGAUUAGUUGGCUAUAACAGCUGGCGAGAGCAUUGCGGAUUAAGGAGAGUCUCUACGUUUCAGCAACUUCAGGGGGACUUUGACGAUGAUUCACUCAGAAACAUUCAGGCUAUCUAUAGAGACGUGGACGACGUGGACUUGUACACGGGGGCUCUGAGCGAGAAGCCCCUCAACGGGAGCAUUCUGGGCCCGACUCUGACGUGUUUGAUCCACGACCAGUUCGUGCGAGUGAAAUAUGGGGACCGUUUUUGGUACGAGAACCCCCAUUGGUUCACUCUUGACCAACUUGCCGAAAUUCGAAAAACGAGUCUUGCCCGGAUUAUUUGUGACAAUUCGGAUGAAGUUGACGAAGUGCAGCCUCUAGUGAUGGAGAAAAUCCGAAGCGAUAAUAAAGUCGUCCCUUGUAGCGCCCUUCCCGCUCCUCAGUGGGGCCCCUGGAAGGAAGCCCUCCACCGCGUCCGCACGUCCGCUGAUACACUUUCAGUGGAAUCAAUCACGAAUUAGUUUGCACAAUAAAUGCACCAACUUUUGG